AUGGAUUUUGACAUAAAAUCAUUUGUAUCCGUGUUGUUAUCUUAUGUUUUGUUUGUACUAUAUGUUGUUUGGGCCUACGUUCCAGAUCGUUAUCUUAACAAAAUAGGACUCGUUUAUUAUCCAUCAAAGCACUGGAGCUGUUCAUUUCCUAUAUUUUUAGUGUUCACAGUGGCCACAAUAAUAGUAUGUGUUGGAUUUCACGAGAAAACGAUGCACCCGAGGCUGGAUUCCUAUGAUAGCAUGAUAGACGAGUAUUCCGCCUUCGUCAAGGGAGACACAGUAACGUGCAUGGACACACCCCUGAACAUAGUAAACAGGAAGCUGUAUAGCAACGUGAGCACUAAUGAUACAGAUUAA